UUGAAACUCAUGCAUUUCAAGAAAAAGAAGAGGAUGAGCAGAAAACUCUAUUGCAAAGAAUAUAUCAAUUAAUAGGAAAGUUACAAGAAGAUCGUAUACAAGCUCAAAAAAAUAUUAAAAGAUCUCAGGACGAGUUAAAAGAAAGAAGAAAGCUAAUAGACCCAUGGAAAGGACCUUACUAUAUUCAUGAAGUUUUAAGCAAUGGA